AACUGGCCUGUGUUAAGCGGAUGGGCUCGGCCUCAGGGACAGGGUGCUGGGCUAAAAAAAAAAGCUCGCGGCGAUCACCGGUGCCAGGGCUCUCCAGAAACGGAGCCCACCUAACCAUUGCCCAGCACACUCCCUCGGCUCCACACGCGAGACCACCCCCGAUCCGCACUAAGUCGGCCAACUGCGCUCUGGAGGCGGCGGCAGCCAGCGAGGGAGAAGGGGAACUUGAGAAGGGGAAGGCUGUCCCGGGGACCCGAAGAGGACAGCCCCGCUAUCGGGAAACGGGUGAGGCAUAAAACACUCCCGGCUUCAGGCCGACGCUUCCUGGCCUCUGGAGGCCCAGUCGGGGCGGCUGGGGGCGACGCGGCAGGGGGCUCCGCGCCCAGGCUCCCGCGGAGCUGCCACACGUGGAGGUUCCCACUUUGGGGUCGCGGCCGCAGCAGCACCGGGCGGGAUGCUGUCCGCGCUGUCGGCAUCCGGCCGCGGCCUGCGAGGAGACGCCUGCCCCGAGCCCCGCGGCCCCGGCCCCCGUCCGCCCUCCCUCCCUGCUCGGUGGCCUCGUACUCACGCUGACUUCAUGGCAGCAGGCUCCACGCCGCCCAAACGCGCGCACGGGACGGCGAGCUGGCGAAGACUGCGGGACGUUAGGACCGGCAGCAGGAACUGGAACUCCGCGGCUAAAGCGCGGUGCUCUGCGAAGCCGGCGGCGACGCUAAGAGCCCAGGUGAGCUCCCGCCUGGCGCAUUUCAAACGGGCCAAUCAGCGCCCGUCCGCAGGGAGCGGCAGGACCUCCGAGGAAGUGACUGCGCUACCGGAAGUGGCGUUUGUCUCCUAGGCGACCGACGCCAAAAGGGCGGCGGAGUUGUGUGUCAGGGCUGGAGGGAGAUCUUGAGGUCCUCCUAGUGACUGACCUGGUUCAUUCUCCCAAAGUAGUUGACAGGCCACUACGAGAGCUCUUGAGAGAAGCUUUGUGACAUGAAAUUCAUCAAAUGAAGCAAGAUUCAUUUUUAAAUAAUAUUACAAAGCUCCAGAGUAAUAUGCUCAAUCCAAUUGUUUAAAUAGAAUAAAACAACUCCAUUUUAAGUAAAUUUAAAAUUAAUGAAAUAUCAAUAGUUUGCCUUAACAAGGACUUGCUUGAACCAUGCUCUCCUUUUAAAAUCACACACACAGAACCAGUGUACAUUUGGAGAAAUUUCCCCAGCUGAAUACCUUUUUGACAUGAAUUCAUUCAAAAGACACCAACCAUUAUGAAUAUUUUAGGCCAUGAUAAGCUGUAACCGCCUCCGGCUUGUGGUGGUUAGGGUGUUGCAGCUUUAUGUUGACAUUUGGCAUGAAAAGCUUAUGGUCUGAGUCAUGUUUCUUUUUUGUGUAAUUCCGGCUUGGGAAUCCGGUACAGAGCAGCUGAGAAAUAAAUUAUGUUGCUGAGGCUGAAGAUGAUGCACAGAAGUAUGGCUCCGGCUAUGUGAGAGAAAGAGAAGGGCUUGGAGGUGGCUAGGAGCCAUUCCUUCCUCAGAGUCUUGUCCAGAAGUAUGGCCUCCAUCUGCAUAUGCGUGGCCAGGAUCACACACACAUGAAACAGCUGGUGACUGUGACCUAUGGCAAACACAAAAGGCCGUCAAGAUCAGCAGUGAAAAGGAAUGAGUACUGAUACAUGCUAUGGCAUGUAUGCUAAAAAUGAUGCUAAGUGAAAGAAACCAGACAGGAGACCACAUAUUAUAUGAAAUCUCCAGAAUAUGCAAAUCCAUAAAGACAGAGAGUAGAUUAGUGGCUGCCUCAAGCGGGGUGAGAAUAGGGAUUAACAGUGCAUGGGUCUGAUGGAGGGGAUGAAAAUGUUCUAAAACUGAUGUAUGGUGAAUUUACUGAAAAUAUCAUUAAAUUGUAUACUUGACA